AUGUCCGACGAAGAGAAAUUCGAAUCCGCCCCAACCCUUAGCCCUGAGCCACUGGCACGACGAAGUUUCGUCCAGGGUUUCUCGCAGCAACUCUCUGAAGAUAUCAGUGCAAGCGUAGGGUCCAUACCUCUAAUAGCAUGUUGCUUCGCAACGGGCCUCACUGAUGGUACUCUGUAUAAUGCUUAUGGUACCUUCGUAUCAAUGCAAACUGGGAAUACUGUAUUCGUCGCACUCGGCACCUCCGGACAGAACAACAAGCCUUUUGGAUGGGCUCGUUCUCUUUUCUCCAUAGGCUGUUUCACUUUAGGAUGCCUGUUCUUUUCCCGGUAUCAUAAACUAAUUGGUGGCGGGCGUCGUCGAAGGACUCUCUUCUUCUCAUUCCUGCUACAGACAGUUUUCGUUGUCGUAGCUGCAACUAUCAUUCAGACCGGCAUCGUCGACGGUACAUACCCCUCACGAAGAGACCCAAUGGAUGUGGACUUCCUCGAGCUUGCCCCCAUUGCAUUGCUUAGUUUCCAGGCGGCAGGUCAAAUUGUGAACAGCCGUGGGUUGGGGGUCAGCGAAGUUCCUACGGUGGUGAUUACAAGUCUGUUAUGCGAUUUGGUGAGCGACGAGAAUAUUUUACAGCCGCUUAGGAAGAAUGUGAAGCGUAAUAGAAGGGCUAUAGCUUUUGUACUCACGCUACUAGGCGCGAUAUGUGGAGGUUGGAUAUCUAAAGCUACAGGUGCUGUACAGCCAAGUCUUUGGUUUGUCGCAGCCAUUAAGGCAGCCAUUACGAUCUCCUGGUUAUUUUUAGUAGGGGAUAACAAGGAUUAA